AUGCCAAUCAAAGCUGGUGACAUCGUAGCCUCGACUCCAGGUCACCUACCAACCAUGAUUUCCGACGGCAAGCGUCUGCGCAUCCUGUGGCAGGAAAGCCACGGCAACGGCGACUCGAGCGGUCAUCUCAUCUCACGCUGCAGGAGCACAGUCAGAGGUCACCCAACCUGGAAGCUCUUCUGUGGCUUCGUCCCGAACCCCAUCGUACGCGACCAGAAUGAACCGCCGUAUUUCGUCUACCUCGAUGACCGAGCGUGCUACGCCAUCUGGAUCUCACAGCAAUACAACAAGCAUGAGCUCCGGAAAAUGUGGCCCUUUGACUUCGACCAUCUUGGCAAGAUCAAGGUGGCGAGACCGAAUAGGGGACGGCCGGCAUACUUGGAUGAUUCGUGUACGGAGUAUGCGACGGGAACGAUGAGGGAUAAGAAGAAGAUAUAUGUCUUCAGUGGCUGCCCGGACUCUAACUUCAGGGCUGCACGCCCGGGCAUGAUCGAGACUGACGAUGUCGACAAUCUUCCGGCACCAAACGGUCUACCACUCGUCACUGAGACCGCCGAGACUACCUCGGCAUCCGCUCUCACUCAUCCUGGAUUCAAACUCGGCACCAACCGCACUCUCUUCGAACCUGUUGCCCCUAGACGCUACAUCGCAGGACCCGCCAAUGGCGACCUCAUACCUCUGGGUAUGGUGCAUAAGGCUCUCCAGGGUUCGCCGUACUUUGAGAACCCAACUGCGAUUCACAGGGCGAAGCUGAGACCGAGGGCGGGAGAUUUGACUGCUGCGAUGGGCGUUGUGAGGAAGCGUAAGGCGAUGAACGUGGAGGAGAAGGACGUCAGGGUGACGGAGAAGAAGAGGAGAGCUGGGCAUGAGGCUGCAGCUGUUGAGAGUACGAUGAAGGGAAAGAAGGUGAAGGUGGAAGUCGAAGCGGAUGACUGA